UCCGCCGGCAACUCCCAAGUUUACACCGCACACGCAUGGCACUGCGAGAGACCGAACCGACGCCGUUUACAUUACAAUGUCCUCUGUUUUGAUAAACGCUCUUUUAACCAGUGCACCCAAUUAUGACAUUUUAUUUGAUAGUUUGUCCUGGCCGAAGGAAUCGUGGCCAGAGAAGGAAAGGGUAGAGGCACUGACAGCAUUCAUUGAAGGAAUCGGACAGCAUUUAGCCGGCACAUCUGAUCACAAGGUUGUGUUUGAAAGUGCGGAAAAACAACAGAUCGUCACAAAGAUUGAAUCAAUUAUUUGGGAUCAGUGCGUCCCCUUCCUCUUAAAGAUAUCAAAAGAAAAUGUCACUGAUAAAAACGUUGGAUUUCAAGACUCUCGACCCAGACAGAGUACCGCUGCAGCGUGCAGACUCCUAGGCGUUUGCAUCCCUCACUGUGGUGAUGAUGUAGUGGGGCGACUGGCCGACACUGUCCUGCCAGCACUGCAAGAAGACGACGCCGAGGGGAAACUCCUUAACGUGGAAGUUGCAAUAGAAGUAAUCGCUGUUCUUUUACCAUCUAUUACCUUGGAUAAACAGCUCACUCAAACUACACUGUCGUCCGCUUUACACUGCAUCCGCACGUUUUCCGAGGCUGUUGUCUCAAAAGUCACGGUAAGACUGCUCCUGACCCUCUUGAACUCCUGCAAGCCCGGGGAAAGGUUAAGUAGUGUACUUCAGUUCACAUUGGACGAGCUGUUCACCUGGCACCGGAGCGACGACACUGCUGCGGUGACAGAGCGCACCCUGUUGUGUUUGACGGUGCUGUCAGAUCACCUGUUACCUCCUACUGACCUGCAAGCGCAGUGUCAGGACCUCAGCAUCAGCACCAGUCGACCUGACGCACGAUUGGAGCGUCAGUUUUGGAUGAUCGUCCAGGCAGGGCUGACACAUAAGGACAUGGUGUGUCGUAAGCGAUCGUUGUAUCUGCUGAAAAGAUGUGUGGCCUUUUCGGAAGAACAGGGAGCUGAGUGUCCGACCUGUCCUUCAAAAGAAGACGAGCUGUUGUUCAGAUGGUCCCCGAAAGACAGCCAGUUGCUCAGAGAGUUCUGGGAGGACUAUGCACUCGUGAUGGAGACCCUGGAGGAAAACCAGAUCCAUGUCGUGCGGCCAGUGCUCAACAGAAUCGACGUGUUGAUCCAGACAACCGCCACCGAUACGCAAGCGUCGGGCGGGGCCUGCUGUCAUCCCUCCUGGCUGCUGUGCGUGUACCAGCGCAUGUUCGACAGCGAGAAUAAGUCCCUGAUGAGGGAGGGCGUGUACCACCUGCUGGACCUCCAGGCUCUCCGACAGCCUGCCUUCGCCUCCGCCUUCUCCCAGUUUAUAGUCGGCCCCUUCAUGGAUGUGUUGUCUGAAAGUUCACUCUUCCACAGGGCCAUGGGGCAGAGCAUAGGGGAUUGUCCUGAGCUUGGCGUCAAACUCACAGCCUUUCUGACGUCGUUCUUCAGCAGCCUUCCGUCAGAGGAAAGAGGCGCGCUGCUGCUACUGCUGAUCCAGCGGCUGGGCUCUCGUCACUGGUGCGCCGUGCCCGUCCUCUUCCUCUCCCAGGCCCUGUCCUGCCUCCCUCGCAGCCCGCUGCUGGACGGCCAGGGCCUGCAGGCCAUCAGGGAGGUGCUGCGGGUCACCAUGGUUACUCAUCCAGUCCUGCUGAGGGGAGCGUCCCAGUGCUACCUCCUGAACAGCGCCCUCUGUCUCAUGCAAGUGGAUGCUGUCACUCUUGAUGAGGUCUUCGGUUUUUUGACGCAUUUCCAUGCAGAUGAGUCACUGUGUAGAGGGACACCUCUUUGGAAACAGGUGGCUGCCUGGCUGUCAGACAAUGAGGGCAACUUUAAGCCCCGUGUUGAACACAGCGCGUUGCCAAAUAAAGGAUCCAUUAAAGCACAUGUCCAGUCUGAAAUCCACUCCUUCCUCCAAGUCCCAGCAAGCACAGGUCAUAGUGAGCGUCUUCCGGACCCCAAAGAGGCGGAUAAGCUGGCCAGGGCGGUGCUCCUGUGUGUGGAUAUGGAAGAGGAGCGAGGGGGAGGAGGAGUGCUGGUGGAGGAGCUCCUAGGCCCCCUAGUGGACACCCUGGGCAGGCUGAGCACCAACGCCUACCUGCCUCUGCGCAAGACCGACAAGUGCCUGCAGCUCGUGCUGCGGCUCUUCCAUCUGGGAGAAGCGCCAGGGCUUCCCGAUGACAGGAAGCUGCCAGAAGAUACGCCAUUGUUAACUAUGAAGAAGCUGGUUCUGAAAGUGGUCGACUCGGUCCAAGAGUUCAUACUGAGACGUCUCUGUAGUGAGCUGCAGGAGCUUUCGGACGUGGGCCGGGCCGAGCUGUAUCUGUGCGUCCUGAGACAGCUGGUGCUGUUGUACGGCGCCUCGCCGCAGUACAGCAGCAGCAUGCAACGGACCUACUUCCCCAAGCUCAUCCAAGUCAGCCUCGACGUGCUCACGAACACCACGCAACAGGUUCCUUCCGUGGCCAGCCAGGUCGCCCAGGCGGUUGCCAUGGCGUCGCUGGCUGCGGCCUGCGACCUCUUGGAGCGGCAAGCCGCUGACCGGAGACCGGAGACAACGUCCGUGCUGGUGUCUCUACAGAGCUACUUCUACAGCCCCGCGUCGAGUGAUUCCCAGGGCCCGCUCCACUUGGGAAACAUCAACCAGACCCUGCUCAAACCCACGUCCGGUCAGAGUGACGCGGGCGCGCAGGCCCCCGUGCUCCAGGACUGGGGCCGUACGGCCGCCCACUUCGUCCGGGACCAGUGGGUGUGCCUGGGCUUCCUCAGCAGGCAAGCGGGCCCGGGCCAGACCACCGCCCUCUCUGAUCAGACGCUACGGGCCGCCCUGAAGCGCAGCGUGGACGCCCUGACUCUGUUACCCAGCGGCCUGGUUCUUCCGGUGCUGGCGUUCAUGAGUACCGCACUGGCCCAGGUGGCAUUGUGCGACGAGGAUCUGUGCGUUCACGCCGUGACUCUGGGCUGGGAGCUGGUCCAGGGGUUGACCCGCAACCCCCAGGAAUUCUGGCCUGCCCUGAGGGGCUUUGUUGGGGCUGCCUUCCACCGCAGCAUCCUGGAGCUGGAGGAGGACCAGGCGCCAAAGCUCAUCUCCGUCCUCAAACAGAUCUCGGCCGAGAUGAUGGUGCUGUCCCAGGCCAAGACGGGGGUGAUCAACGUGCUGAUCGAGCAGUGCUGCCACUGCUGGCUUCCUGCCGGUCGCCAUGGCGACGAGGCAGCCAUCGCCAGCGCUCUGCGCUACGUCCACGUGCUGACGGAGGCCUGCGUCUACGGGCCGGUGUACAGGAGGGACGUGAGGCUGAUCCUGGAGGUCCAGACCUAUGUAGAGCAGCUGGGAGAGGAGUGCACCGUGAACCUAGUGGUUAACGGGGAUAACCGGGACGAUCAAACGCCCCGUGUGUGUGUGCUAGCGCUCCUCAGUCAUCUGGAUCCUUCCAGGCCGCAACACCGGCGGCUUCUGGAGGAGCUCGUCACACGGCUUCUGCAAAAGGAUAAAGACAUAUCUAAGACAAAGACGCGUUACUAUAGCAACUCUCUGCAACACCGCGUGAAGAACCGAGUGUGGCAGACCCUGCUGCUUCUGCUUCCUAAUCUCCAAGAGGGGUUCGUGGCCUCUCUGCUGGGCGAUGUGUUCGCGGCGGGCUUCUGCAGCAACCAGGCCUCGGUGAAGUACCUGAUCGAGUGGACCAUGAUCGUCAUCCUGCAGCGGUACCCGGAGCACAUGGAGAGCUUCUGGGGCUGCUUCAGCAUGGAUCACGAGAAAACCAAGACCAGCAUCUGCACCUUCCUGUCCGUCGUGGUACACUUGGAUCUCAUCGUACCUAAACUGGAGGAUAAGGGGCCACAGUGGCGCCGGGCCCUGGACGUCAUCCUGCAGUGGUGCUUCAGCCACAACUUCAGCGUGCGUCUGUACGCCCUGCUGGCCCUCAAGAGGGUGUGGGGCCUGGCCGCGGCCCGGGCGGAGGCUGAGCGGGCGGGCGACGGCCUGGGAGGUCUGGCGGCCGUGGUGGAGGCCUGCCUGAGCCAGGCGGAGGCCAUGCAGAGCACUGGCAACGCCAACAAGAACUGGACCAGGAUUCAGGAGCACUUCUUCUUCGGCGCCUUCCACCCCACGAGAGACUACAGCGUCGAGACCAUACUGUACACUUUCCCCAGCCUGUCGGAGCUGUCGGACGACGAGUGGAUCCCAGUGUGGAAGUGUGAGAAGAUGGCGGUGUUCUUCCCUAGCCCGGCCCUGCCUCUGAGGAACCCCUCCCCGGACCUCCGCCUGCUCCAGCCCGGGGACUGGAUCCAGCAGGACAAAGGCGAGCAGGACAAGGAGGAGCGCUGGGCCGAGGUGCAGAAGAAGAUCACCCCGUGGCGGCUGGGCAUCCAGGAGCAGGAGCCAGAGCUGCAGCUGGCUCCCCAGCAGAGGGCAGCACGGCUGGGGAAGGCCCACGGCGCGCUGGUGGUGGUGGCCUCGCUCAUCGACAAGCCCACCAACCUCGGAGGUUUGUGUCGGACCUGUGAGAUCUUCGGCGCCAGCGCCCUGGUCCUGGACAGCCUUCGUCACGUCGAAGACAAGCACUUCCAAUCGCUCAGCGUCUCCUCCGAGCUCUGGCUGCCUCUGCUGGAGGUGAAACCUGUCGAGCUCACUGACUUCCUGCAGCUGAAGAAGAGUGAAGGCUAUUGCAUUGUGGGAGUGGAACAGACUGCUAAUAGCCAGAGUCUUCAAGACUACCAGUUCCCUGAGAAGACCCUGCUGCUACUCGGCAAUGAGCGGGAGGGUAUCCCAGCCAACCUGCUGCAGCUGCUGGACGUGUGCGUGGAGAUCCCCCAGCAGGGGGUCAUCCGCUCGCUCAACGUGCACGUGAGCGCCGCCCUGCUGGUCUGGGAGUACACGCGGCAGCAUCUCCAGCCCCGCUGACGGCGACCGCGACGCCCAGAAACCACCAGCCUCCGACCGUAGCAGAACUCAGAAACACGGGCUUUUAAGUGGUGGUAAACACUAUAUCUCCCACCAAUCGCUAACUGAUGCCUUGCCUUUUGAAUGACUACAACGUUUUGAAGUAUUACAAACUCACUAGUAUUUCCUGCUGUAAAGUAGGGUUUUAAUUAUGGUUUUCAUUUGACCGUUUUUACCCAGACAUUGUGUAUGCCUUCAUAAAGAUAAUGUAUUCAAAUAAUCGGUUCUGCUGUGACUUUCCUUAAAAGCAAAGGCUCUUUUUUUUUGUGAGGGAAACAUUUCCAUGCACAGUCUAUAACUGUGCAUGGAAUAUAUAUGUCUAUAAUUUAUCCAUCUGCUUUUUUGAAAAUGCUUGUAUUUAAUUGGGAGACAUGUUAUGCAGUGACUUUUCAAUAAACGUAUAUAUAACAUGCA